UGCAUUUCGCCGCGGACGGUUCGAUAAAAAUCAGUCGUCGCUCGACCGAUUCGUUCGAGAGUUGUUUUGAGAGCGAUUUUGACAGGUGUUUUGUCGAACAGUGCUUGUGUGUCUGCGUAGACGUUCGUGAUUUCUCCGAAACGAGUCGCGAGCCGAAGAGUAAGGGUAAGUAGUAAAUACCGUGAAUUCCGUCGAAAGCUUCCUCGAGGAAGCUUUUGCAACGUUCCGUUUGCGCUUCCUCGCGAAUUAGGACGCGUCAGGAUCUCAGCUAGUAGUGCGCGGUCUCGCGCCAACAGUCUCGUCGCCACGGAAUAAUAUGACCCAAAAGUGAUUUGGCGCGUGUAUCCUCACCUCGGAAGAGAUCGACCGACCGGCCAAACCAAGUGUAGAAUGAUAAAUGGUGGCCACCAGCAGCAUGGUAUAUGAGGAGAUAGUUGGUAUACGGGGCAGCUGACCCCAGCCGCCGCGCACGCUUUUCACGCGCGAGAUGCCCCACAAUCUAAACUCAGUUUCCGCCAAUUCCGCCAACACAGGACCGAAUCAUCAAGCCUAUCCUCAGCAGCCGCACCAUCGAGAGAAUACAGAUGGACUCCAACCCGAGAAAGAACCGGUGGAAUUCGACAUUUCGCACUUGCGAGGUGCUCCAGCGGAGGUCGAGACGUUGGUGCACAACAUCAAGGAGGUGGCCCAACAAUUUCUCUAUCACUGGCGAACCUUCCCCAUCGUUCUGCCACCGUCAUUGUCCUCGUGCACGGAAGGCGAGGACACGUUGGCGCGAAAGAAGUACCAUCUGAGGGACCUUUUUGUGGCGCCCAGCUUCGACGAGUUGGACGCCGUAGCUGUCGACAGCAAGGGCGAGCCCAGAAGACUGACCAACAAACAGCUGGAAAGCAUCAGGGAACGAGGCUUACACAAGGAUAAAUAUGGAAAGCCGAAGAAGCUGAAUGCCACUCAAUUGGAGAGCAUUCGAAGAUGCGGAGAAUUUGAAGUGGACUCGAUCAACUUUGCCGGACAGACGCAUCGAUGGCGAUUGAGCGGGCUUCUUCAACGUGGCCGAGACAGACGGCGGGACGCGCUGUGA